AUGGCUAUGUCGCUCCUCCGUGCUGUAGUGUCUGUCGCUGCCCUAUUGCUGUCAUCAUUCAUCUCUUGCGUGGCCUUGAAUGUCUCCCAGCCAUAUCGGAUUCAUUUUCUUCUCCCAAUCCUUGUCCCAGCGGCGCUUGCAUUUCACACCAUCAACGACAUCAACCUUGCACUCCCUGGGCUUGGACUGGGCAUUGUUUGGGGCCACGCAACAACAAUUCAUGUCACAAACAUCAUCUCAGUCCUCUACAUUGAGCGAUGGGUUUUGCAUCCCACAACGCAUCCAAAGCCAUGGGAUCUCCAUGCAGCUUACAAAAUUUGGAGUAAUCCACAACUACUGCAUACCCAUCGCGCGGUCCCUGGUGCUCGAAUGAUGCCAACCAGACCAUCUCGAACGGAAUUCCUCACCCGCCGUCUAUUCGGGCUACUUGUUUUAUUCCUGGUCGCUCGGUACAUGAUGGCACCUUUGUUACCCGGUGCAUUUGAACCGUUGACGGUCACUGACUUCUCGGUGACCAAGCAGUCAUAUAUUCGACGGGUCAUUAUGGGAUCAGAAAUCACAGUCCGGGAGACUCUUUUGCGCUGCGUCCUCGCUGUACAUUGGAUCUGGUCCAACAAUGCAGCUUUACAUCUGUUUCACACAGUUGUUGCCAUCCUAUUUUCUUGCGUCCUCCGCUGGGAUGAGCCUUGGGAGUGGCCGCUGCUAUUCGGCAAUCCCGCCGAGGCGUAUACAAUACGGUAUUUCUGGUCCCGGUUCUGGCAUCGUCUCGUGUACAGGCCAUACAAGAACUAUGGACUAUGGGUGUCUCGGAGAGUGUUUCACUUGCCGCGGGGUGGCACUGGGGAAAAGAUUACAGUGCUGAGCUUAGUCUUCCUGUUAUCUGGAGUAGUGCACUCACUGAUUAGUUGGCAAAUGGGCCGUUGUGAAGCUUGGAGGGAUACUCUGUGGUUUUUUAUGAAUGCUAUUGCGGCCAUGGUGGAGAUGGUGGCCAUUAGUUGUUGGACAGCAUAUAUUGAGAGAAAUAAGAUGUUGAUUGAGUGGAGUCGUGUGGCUGAGAAAUGGGGUGUGUACAAAGCAAUUGGCUUUCUCUGGGUAUUUGGUUUCAUGUUUUGGAGUGUGCCCAAAUGGCAUUAUGGCAAGAUAUAUUGUGCAGCUAAUAGACUAUAA